AAGUGUCCGGAAGUGACGUAAGGGAUGUUUUGCUAACGUGUUAGCUACCAGCAGGCUAACUUUUGUUUAUUUUAUACUUCUUAUUCUAAUCGGCCCUGAAGUUGCACCUCAAAACUCGGAUUUUUAAGGAAUAUAUUUUACAUAAAUGUGAAUAUUCAACACGUGUAUUCAAGCAAUGAACGGGAGCACGAAUCCGCUGCUGGACAAAGAGGAGCAUGUGUUGAAGCUCGGAGAAAGCUUCGAGAAGAGGCCGAAGUCUUCCUUCCACACGAUCAGAUAUGACUUCAAACCAGCAUCUAUCGACACAAGCUGCGAGGGAGAGCUACAAGUUGGGAAAGGAGAAGAAGUUACCAUCACGUUACCUCACAUUCCGGGCUCCACGCCUCCGAUGACGGUAUUCAAAGGAAACAAGCGUCCGUACCAGAAGGACUGCGUGCUCAUCAUUAACCACGACACCGGGGAGUUUGUACUGGAGAAGCUGAGCAGCAGCAUCCAAGUGAAGAAAACCAGGGCGGAGGGCAGCAGUAAGAUCCAGGCACGGAUCGAGCAGCAGUCGGUUCGGUCCAGCCAGCCCAGCCAGCCCAGCGCUCAGUUCCGGGCCCCCACCAAACCCGGAGCCGGGGUCAAGACCUCUCCAUCUCCUUCUAAAGAUAAUCCCUCCCCAGAGCCUCAGCUCGAUGACAUCAAGAGAGAGCUGCGAGCGGAGGUGGAGGUGAUCGAGCAGAUGAGCAGCAGCGGCAGCAGCAGCUCCUCCGACUCAGCCAGCGCCUCGGGGAGCGGAGACGACAGCAGCGACGGCGAGCACGACGCCCCCCGACCGCUCAGCCAGACCUCACCCAGCCGCCUACCCAUGGCCAACGGAGGAGCCGACCGGCAGCAGCAGGGCAACAACCAGCUCAUGAACACACUCCGAAACGACCUUCAGCUCAGCGAGUCGGGCAGCGACAGUGAUGACGACUGAACUCUGCUGGUCAGUCUCUCCCUCUCUCUCCACACUCCUCCUCAUCCUCCUUUCUGCCUGGUUCGCUUGUUCCUUUGCUGUGAUAGCUGACCCCAGCUGUAUAUCUUGGUUUGACUGUAUUUUGGAUUUAAUUUUAGUAUCUCCUUAAAGCUGGCCAGCCUGGAACUUUAAGAGUGUAUUUUUUAUUAGAUGUAUAUUUUGUUUUGUAUAGCGAGACUUUAGUAAAAGAUACUUUUACUUGAGAGGUUUGGAAGAUUAUAUAUUAGAGUGCACAUACAUAUUUUCUGUACUUAGAGCAGCUAGUUUUAUCUAUUUGUAUCAUCUGUUUUUUGUUGGGUUUUGUCUUUAUGGUAAGACAAGGAAGAGUCUUGUCUGCGGAAGCUUCUCCACAUCGUUGUCAUGUUUUAUCAGUUUGCUAUGAAUACAAAAAUUGCAGAAUUGCACAGAUAACCUGUGCAGCCUGCGCAUCAGCAAGGAAUCAAAGAAAAAAACACAUCCAUUUAGUCAUCUGCUUAUCUAGUGUGUUGAGAUCAGCGUGGAGCACAAAACAAUCAACUGUACUCUGUGCUUUCCUAAUCUCAACUCCAUAAUCGUUUGAAACGGUUUAGUUAUGAAUC